UCUUCCUGUCCCGCUGUUGCAACAGCCGGGCUGCCGCUCUCCCUUCCCUCCCACCUUCUCCCCGCUCCUCUUUGCUUUACUUUUCCGAGUUCUCCGGGGCUCCGGCCUUCGGGGUCUGACGGCCCUGGAACCAGACCUCAACUUCGCCCCGGUCUCAACCCUCAACUCCCCUGCCCAGGGCCCCGGCUCCCCUCGGGACCUCGGAACCCCGUGCAUCCCGGACUCGGUCGCUGCGCCGGGGUGCCUGCCGCCGCCACUGCCUGAGCCCCGAUGGGGGAGUGAGAGGCCACAGCUGGCCGGACAUGGGCCUCCCCACCGUGCCUGGCCUGCUGCCGCCGCUGGUGCUCCUGGCUCUGUUGGUGGAAAUAUAUUCCUCAGGGGUUACUGGACUUGUACCUAACCGAGGGGACCGGGAAAGGAGAGAUAGUCUGUGUCCCCAGGGAAAAUAUAGCCACCCGCAAAAUAACUCCAUUUGCUGUACCAAGUGCCACAAAGGGACCUACCUGUACAAUGACUGUCCCGGUCCGGGGCUGGACACGGACUGCAGGGAGUGUGAAAACGGCACCUUUACUGCUUCAGAGAACUACCUUCGGCAGUGCCUCAGCUGCUCCAAAUGCCGGAAAGAAAUGAAGCAGGUGGAGAUUUCCUCUUGCACAGUGGACCGGGACACCGUGUGCGGCUGCAGGAAGAACCAGUACCGGAAUUACCGGAGUGAGAGUCUUUUCCAGUGCCUGAACUGCAGCCUCUGCCUCAAUGGCACUGUGCACAUCUCCUGCCAGGAGAAACAGAACACCGUAUGUACUUGCCAUGCAGGCUUCUUUCUGAGGGAGAAUGAGUGUGUCUCCUGUGUCAACUGCAAGAAAAACAUGGAGUGCAUGAAGUUGUGCUUACCGCCAACUGAUACUGUGAAGGUCCCUCAGGACCCAGGCACCACAGUGCUAUUGCCCCUGGUCAUCUUCUUUGGUCUUUGCCUUUUAUCCUUCGUCUUCAUUGGUUUAAUGUGCCGCUACCCACGGUGGAAACCCAAGCUCCACUCUAUUAUUUGUGGGAAAUCAACACCUAUAAAAGAGGGGGAGCCGGAGUCCCUGGCCUCAGCCCCAAGCUUCAGCCCCACCACCGGCUUCAGCCCCAUCCCCAGCUCCAGUUUCACCCCGAGUCCCGCCUUCAACCCUAGCGGCUGGCCUAACUUCAGCGAUGUAUCGGCCCCCAGGGAGCUGGCACCACCCUACCAGGGGGCUGGCCCUAUCCUCCCCACGGCUCCAGCCUCCACCCCCAACCACGCCCCCCUUCAGAAGUGGGAGAGUGCCCACACGCAGCGCCCAGAAGCAGACCCAGCCAACCCCGCGACGCUGUAUGCAGUGGUGGACGGCGUGCCCCCGUCGCGCUGGAAGGAGUUCAUGCGGCGGCUGGGGCUGAGCGAGCACGAAAUCGAGCGGCUGGAGCUGCAGAACGGGCGCUGCCUGCGCGAGGCGCACUACAGCAUGCUGGCGGCCUGGCGGCGGCGCACGCCACGGCGCGAGGCCACGCUGCAGCUGCUGGGCCGCGUGCUCCGCGACAUGGACCUGCUCGGCUGCCUGGAGGACAUCGAGGAGGCGCUCUGCGGCCCCAGCUCCCAGGCGCCCACCCCCCACCUCUCCCGAUGAGGCCCCGCCUCCUGGGAGGGGCCUGCCCUGAGGACUGCUGCUUCCUGCACCUGCAGCCGCAAAGGACAGGACGGUGCAAGACGCCCUCCUGACCCUUUUCCCCGCAGGGUCUUGGAGUGGGGACAAGCAUGAGCUGGCAGCCACUUACCUGGUGCUACUCUGUCUGUGUACAUAGCUUUUCUGAGCUGCCUAAGCACUGCUGGGGGUCAGUGCGUGUGCGUGCGAGUGUGUGCGCACAUGUGAGACAGACAUGAGGUGUGUAUGUGAGGGGUGGGGUGUUUUCAUGAGAGGAGAUGUGUGUGUGUCUGCGUGCACGUGAGACAGACGUGGUGUGUGUAUGUGUUUUCGUGAGAUAGGCUGAGUGAGCCAGGGAGCCCAAGCUGGUGUUUGUGGCCAUCUGAUGUCUGGAGAAGCCAGCAAGGCCGUUAGGGGCCCCUGGUUGGCCCUUGCGCCUUUUUUCACAGUAGGCAGGCAAUCUUUGUCCCAGCUGUGUUACACUAAUAGAAACUGGGCCCCCAUCUGCCCCCUGCCUGGGCAAGCACAGAGUGAGCUGAGCUGUCCCAAGGGGUGGGAGAGAGCAAGCGCUGAACAAUGGGGCCUCCAGCUGGAGCUGUGGACUUUUGUAAAUACACUAAAACUCUGGAACUCAA